AUGGAUUCUCAGGACAACAGAAACCCACAACACUCUCCAGGAGGAGGUAAGAUCCAUGGGGCUCAUGUCUGCACUAAAUGUGGUUGGAAUUAUCCAAAUCCACAUCCUAGUGCUAAAAACAGGCGUGCACACAAGAAAGUAUGUGGAACCAUCAAAGGAUUUGAGAUCUUUGAUUCCGAAACUGCGAAACAAAUUCUUGAUUUGCAGGAAGAACAUUGCAUGGAUGAUGAGCAAAAAACCCCAAGUCCAAGAAUUGUUGUGGAGAAAGCUGAUGAGAGAAUUGGGGAUAUAUCUGAAGAGGAUGUGUUUGCAGAUGCUGUUUGUGAAUUUUCGAGAUCUGAUUCUUUCAAGGAAAAAGAAGAGACGGCAACAAAUUGCGUGGCGAUGAGUACUAAGAAUCCAGACAUUGAAGUGGUUCAAGAGAGCUGUGAAGUUUCACCCGUGGAAGUCCUUGAGAACCAUGAUGUCCCCAGUUCAGUUGAAGCAGCUUCCGAGAAUCGACAAGGUGGAGAAAGUUCUACUGAAGGACACUCUAUUGCAUCUAAAACUCUGAUUGAGUCAUCACAGGAAGCUCAGGUCAUUGGCGGUGGUGAUACCGUAUCAACUGUGGGAUUAAAGACAGAAUCCAAAGGAAUUUUACCGGAUGAAUCUGAAUAUAAGUUAGCAUCCGCAUCAGCAAAGAGAGCGGAUACUUCGGAUUCAUCGUGGAACGAUGACGUGAUUUACUCAGACCUGGAGGGUCCUCUUGGAUUUUCUUUAGAAGCAACGAGUAUGAUUCAUCCUGGUGAAGCUGACUGUAUAGUCAGUGAGAGUGUUCCAGUCGAUACUUCUCUGGUGAAAGCCAAUGCAGCUCAAGUUAUCAGCACCACUCAAUCUGUUCCUGAUAAUAUACCUUUGGCGGAAAAUGCUGACCUCUCUUUGCAUGGAAUCGAAAGCCUUGAGAAAGUUGAAACGAAUCAUUCUGUGAACCCCUGCCUUCCUGAGACACCAAAGGGAGAAGUAAUUGAAACUGAGACUUUUAGUCAGGCAGAUAAUUUAGGCAUUCAGCCUAAGAGCUUAAGUAAUGGCACAGAGGUUCCUUCAUCAGACAAUCUUCUCUUGGAAGACAAAACUGAACCUCAAGGUCAAGCUGCUUUGGUUGCAGUCAAGGAAUUUCCCAGCGCAGAGAACACAUUGAUAUCUAAGACUGACCCUGAAGAUAUCGAAAUGAAGGCUGGAGAGGGUGAAUCAUCUUUUGGAGCUGCACAAGAAACUGUUGAAUCAGAAACCUUGAGCGUGUCUCUACCUGCGGUAGAUCCUAUAAUUGCUGACUCAAAUGCUGAUGUGAAUCGUGCAGCUGACAAAACUGGUGUAGUCGAUCUCAUUGGUCAUGAGAGUGAACUUAUUCAAGCAAAUGAUGUUGCUGACGAUGGUAACAGCCCAAAUAGCAAGCUGAAUUCUGAAUCCUCUUGUGCUGCUGAAAACUAUGUUUCUCCCGUCUCUGUUGUAUUUGAGGGAGACGAUGCAAGCGAGCAGGGUAAAAGUUCAAUAGAAACAUCGAAAGACUCUGUCCUCCAAAUCAGUGCUGAAGCCUGUGAAAGUAGUGAUGAAGCUCGCAGAGAGAGUAGCAAAGAGGGGCUUGUGGAGGAAAGCAGUUUCACAAACGUUACAAGUACAAAGGAUGAUCCGAUAAGCCAUUCUGGAUCAAUAGGUACUGCACCUGAUGAUACUACUGUUCAAACAGCUAAUCAGAAAUUACCGGAAAGUGGAAGGACAGAAUUCCAUAGAGUUGUUGGUGGCUUGGGGGUUAUUCAAGGAAAUGAGAUUGACGGUCAUGUCAAAACACACAACUUAUAUGCUGAGGUCCCCGUGACUAUUGAAUCAAAUGACCAUCGAGAUUUUGGGAGACUGCAGAAUCUUUCAGAAGCACACAUCAGAUCUCUGGUUUCGAGUCCGCUAGUCACUAGAAAUAAUACAUCUAAUGCGUUUGAAUCCAACUUGGGAUCGGAAUCAGGAGCAAAUGGUGGAUCUAACAAAUCUGAAAACGCAUCACUUUCUGUUGAUCUGUCGAGGAACCAGGAGAUCACCAUGGAAAAGAUGACAAGCUGGAGCACAGUAAAGGAGCAACACGUCCCGCUGAAGAACCUUCUGAGUGAAGCAAGAUCACCAAGGCUACAACUGCAGGCAAAGGAUAAUGAGAGUAACAUACCGAGAGUAAGUUCGAUACUGGGACAAGAGACUUCCCCGGAAGACGGUCGCUGGCCAGAGAGAAGAGAAGUGAAAAUGGGUCCUAAGACCAUGGGAGAAAUUUCGAGGAGGAAAAGGACUUCAAAGGAAAAGAGUUCCAAGGAAGGGACUUCAAAGGAUCUGACUUCAAAAGCGUCAAGUAGUAAGGAUCCAACUAAAGUAGCUCUUGCUCAAUCUGAAAUUGAAGGAUCMAUUACGGUUUCWGAGGAUAUAGAGAAAUCUGAUACUCUACCGAUGCAGCCUUUUAAAGAUGUUCCACCCACCGAGCAAAUAUAA